CUCGCUACGCUAAUCAAUGGCGAAUAGCAACGGCUUAUUAGCGUCACCGUCAAUGACCCAACCCGAUAAAUGAAUUUGUAAAUUUCAACUAUAUACGCAACGUGUUGAUAUUUAGUUUACAGUUUUUUUUCUUUAUAUCUUCAUAAGGCAUUGUGACGUUGCUAUGAUCAGUGCAUCUCUGCAAAUAGCAAGUCAAAGCUAGAGGUGUCAAAAUAAUUUAAAAAGUUAGCAAACAUUACUUGAAUAUGCAGACGAUCAAGUGCGUUGUGGUGGGCGACGGUGCAGUCGGUAAAACAUGCCUGCUCAUAAGCUAUACAACCAACAAAUUCCCAUCGGAGUAUGUGCCCACUGUGUUUGAUAACUAUGCCGUAACUGUCAUGAUUGGAGGAGAACCGUACACUUUAGGUCUCUUUGAUACUGCUGGCCAGGAAGACUACGACAGGCUGAGGCCUCUGAGUUAUCCUCAAACGGAUGUUUUCCUCGUGUGCUUUAGUGUGGUGAGCCCUAGUUCAUUUGAAAAUGUGAAGGAAAAGUGGGUACCUGAAAUAACUCACCACCAACAGAAGACACCGUUCCUAUUAGUGGGCACGCAAAUAGACCUGCGAGAUGAUCCGGCAACCAUGGAGAAAUUAGCAAAGAUAAAACAGAAACCAGUGUCUCUAGAACAAGGCGAGAAGCUUGCGAAGGAACUGAAAGCGGUCAAAUAUGUUGAGUGCUCCGCUCUUACACAGAAAGGACUGAAAAAUGUAUUCGACGAGGCAAUAUUAGCAGCAUUGGAGCCUCCAGAGCCAGUUAAGAAAAGGAAAUGUGUGCUGUUCUAGACACGCCGCCGGAACUCAGUGACUGGGCUAUGUGCUGCAAACGGCGUCGUCUCCCUUACACAGCACGUGUAUGAGAUAUCUAACACCUGUAAUAUUGAACUUAUUUUUAUAAAUUUUAUAAUUACUGGUCUAUUAUAAUUAUUAUGCCAUAAUAAAAAUAAUGAAUAUUACAGCUAUACUAGGGAAGUGACUAUUAAGCUACAAUGUAACCAAGCAGCCCUUUGCAGUUUUUCCACGAUUAAAAAAUAUAACUAGCGGCGACUGUUCAAUGUAUUCAUAUAUUUGAUAUAAUUUAAGUUUUAUUUAAUAAUUAUUAAGUGGUUAUUCAUACCUACCAUUUAAUGUAUUUAAUUAUUUUAAAGAAAUUGAACUGAAAUUAUAAUAUUUUAAUCACUGGCUAUUGUAUAAUGGAUUUCGCCGUGCAAUAUGAGUUGUAUUCAAUGAAGCAACAUUAUGCACAAUGUUUAGUAUGCACAGUGCGAAAUACCAUCUACAUAAAUUUUACUUGGUAAUACAUUAUGUAAUAAAGUAUUAAAACAGUAAUUAAUAAAUGCAUGAAUUUUAAUAAUUACAACGCCUGUCUGAUCGACAGCCGUCCAUUUAUGUGUGUUUGCUAUAAUUUCAAUGUGUUCUUAUUUUAUUUAAAGAUACCUAAUUACUUUUUU